AUGAAUUUUCUAUACUUUAUCCGGCCAAGUGUCCCUAUCACUCGUCCAAAUCUCGUAAAACAGUCCAACAGCCAGCAAAAGUUGCAAACACGAAUUUCUACAUUACCGAAGCAUCAUAAUUCGUCAAAUUUACCUCAGAACUCUGAUAGCAGCAGCCUUAGUCUCUCUCGUGACAAAAUCUCCUGGCUUGAGGGCCUUGCCGGUGUCUCGCAAACUUCACUUUCAACCCGCACAAUUAGUAAGCAUCUCUAUCCGGAAGCGAUGACUUCACUUAGGCCUUCUACUGGUGUUGCUAGUGAAGGCGAAAUUGAGAAGGAGGACGGUGAGGAGUGGCAGUCAGAGCUAGGAGAACUGAAGGAAAAAGAAGGUAAUAUCAAGUCGUUCGCCAUUAUAUUUUAA